AUGGCGGAAAAUCCAAAGGUUCGGGUCGCUCUCAUCGGCGGAGGCACCAUCGCUCCAUUGCACGCCGAGUAUCUCAUAUCAUCGCCAACAUGUGAGCUGGUGGCAAUAAUUGAUCCGUACCCCCCCGGCCGUGAAUUGGCAUCCACCCUGUCUCUUCGUCAUUACGAGUCUGUCGCAUCGCUUUUGAAUUCACCUCAAAGCCCACCAGAGGCCUACGUGAUCUGUGUACCUUCGAGCCUCCAUGUUUCCAUAGCGACAGAUGUCAUUCAUCAAGCACAGCCCAAGGCGCUGCUCAUUGAAAAGCCUUUCUGCACAGACUCGAAAUCCGGAACAGAGCUAGUCGCACUUGCAAAGAAAGAAGGUUGUAAAAUCCUCGUCGGACAUCACCGCAGGUUCCACCCCUCACUGUCAACUACGCGGUCGGCGAUCGAAGAAGGAAAAAUCGGGCAGAUCACUGCUAUCUCCGGAAUGUGGACUGCGAAAAAGGAUGACGCCUAUUUUGACUUCGCUAGUUGGCGAGCGACGCGGUCCGCUGGAGGAGGACCCAUCUGGACGAAUUUUGUGCAUGAUAUUGACGCCCUUCAGUUCCUCACCGGUGCUAGGGUGACGUGUGUCUGGGCCAUCAACACCACCCCCAGAAGGAAACAUGAAGGAGUGGCCGCCGAUGACACCGUUGAAGAGGGCGCAGCGAUUAUGGCCCAGUUUUCCAAUGGAGUUGUCGGAACCUUCUUGGUGAGUGACAAUGUGGCGAGCCCAUACGGCUGGGAGGCUGCUACUGGCGACAAUCCUUUAUAUCCAAAGGCCGAGACACCAGUGGAUGUUUAUCGUGUUCUAGGCACAAAAGGGGCUAUUGUUGUGCCGGAAAAUACACUGUGGACGUACGACCCGGAGAAUGUGGAAGGCGGGUGGAAAGCUCCCAUUACACGCACUGAGAUUUCAGUCCACGAGGGGAUUCCAUUUCAAAACCAAGCGGAACAUUUGGCUAGGGUAGUUCGUGGCUUAGAAGACCCCCUUUGCUCGGCCGAGGAUGGACUAGCAGCAGUUUCCGUCUGUGAGGCUAUUGUUACAGCUCUCAAGGCUAAGGAUGGACUCCCGGUCAAAAUUCCAUACACUUCACUUAUAUAG